AUGCUAGAGCCGUUUCGCGACAACACUACCACACCGCAGGACGGAGCAGCAGCAGCAGUCGACGUGGAACUUGGAAACCGGCCGUUUAGCGAACCGUUUCCGUUAAACACUACCGACGCGCUUUUCUGCGAUGAAGGUGGCGAUAUUCGCACAGCCGGUGGGUCGGUGCUCAUCGAUACGCCUCCUAGCGGCCGGUCGUCACCUGAACCGUUAGCGUCCGUCAACGAUCACGGUCUGCCGUAUCUGGUGCAAGGAGGUAGCCAUGGCGCUGACGGCAGCAGCGACGGCGACUGUUCCAGUGCCUCCUUCCAAAUUACCACGCCACAGGAUGCUGCCACGUGUGCGGUUGCAAACGGCGGCCUUUCCUCUGGAACCGCAAGUGCUGGCACAGAGAACGUUCAAAAGGAGUGCGAAAGCGGGGGAGCAGAGGCGCGGGGGUCGGUUGCUGGUGGCGGGAGCGGCGCUGCGGCGGAAGAUGCAGGCAGCGAGCCGAGCGAGGGGGAUGCGGGCGCGGAGGGGGGAGAAGGGGAAGGGGAAGGGGAGGGGGAGGGGAGGGAUCCGGAGACGGAGAAGCGGGAGGCGAGGCUGAUCAGAAACCGGGAGAGCGCGCAACUGUCGCGGCAAAGGAAGAAGUAUUACAUGGACGAGCUGGAGGCGCAGAUCCGCACCAUGUCCGCGGCGGUGGCGGAGCUCAACUCCGCCGUGGCGCAUCUCACCGCGGAGAACGUCAGCCUCCGCCGCCAGCUCGCCUUCUUCUACUCCUCCCCUUCCGCCGCGUCCGCUGCCGCUGCCGCUGCAGCAGCUGGAACUGGAGUAGUUGCUCCAGGGUCGGUGGGUGCGUUAGGUUCGGGAACAGCCGCAUCAGGCCCGGCACGAGGCUCGGGUAGACGCAGAAGGGGAGGUACGGUAGCAGCCGCUGUAGCGCCUCCUAGCGCAGUCUCGCCUGGCCUUGUCCCUCCGAUCCUGGGAGGGUUGGCAGGGAUUGGAAGCCUUGGGGGCGUAGGGUUACCACUCGGGGCGUUAGGGUUACGUGGUUUGUUCCCCCCUGCUCCGCCUGUCCCGAUUCCGAAGCUGAAGAACGUGAGCCGCCCGGAAUCCGCGCGCAAGAAGAAAGGCGCGCCUGAGGGGAGUGGCGCGAAGGCGGGCGGGGGCUUGGGGGAAAAGGACAGGGGCGCGAAGAAGCAGAAAAAGGAAGGGGAUGCGUGUGUGGUUACUGCGGGUGCUGUGGUUACUGCACCUGCUGCAACUGAUUCUUCGCCUGGUAGACCCUCUUCCCCACCGCGUGCUGUCUCCUCAGCCAAAGCACCAGCCCUCGCCCUCGCCAUGUUCGGUUUCCUCCUCAUCCUCUGCCCCUUCCUGCCACCCAACGACGGGCUGACGCGUGGCGUGGCGCCAGCUUAUCCAGGCUGGCGGAGCAGUAUUAUGAGCUGGCAGGGAAGCGGGGCCGGCAGUUGGGAGCAAAUGAGCCGGGCCAGGCGCGACGGAUGGCGUUGUGGUGGUGGUCGGGUGGCGGGUGCGUUACCAGGAGCAGCAGCAGUGGAGGGCUCGUUGCCAUGGGAUCAGCAGCACUGGCAGCAGUGGCUGCUGCAGCAUAGCUCAGGCCCUCUGUUUCAGUCGCAUACUUGCACGGAGCUUUUCCGGUUUGACUCCCAGCCAACCCAAGAAGCGCAGCAGGGAGAGGCACAGGAUGAGACAGGAGAGUCAACGACACACGCAGGGGCCAGCAAUGGCAGCAGCAGCAAGAUGAACUCAUCAGUGUUGUCGCGCCGCAUGUUCCUGCGGAGGCGGUAUUUGAACGAGCUGCCAGCGUCCAAGCAGGCCAUUCCUCUGCCCGACUCCAACCAGGCCAUUCCGCUCCUGCCCCCCUCUCGGGACUCUGCCAGUUCAGGCACGACACCUGAUGGGCUGUCGAUUGGGGGGAGCAGUAGUGGUGGCAGCAGUACAUCAAGUGUUGACAUGAACAGCAGCUCGGAACACAACGCAACUACUGAGGGGAGUCCGAUUCGGUCAGUUCCGGUUGCAGUACCUGGUCAGCAGCAGAGUGGGUUUGGCCAGCAGAGCGCGUUCACACAGCCUGAACCGGUCGUAGUGUCGAUUCUCUCGGGCUUUGAUGCAAGCAGCAUGGGAAGUUUUUUCCAAAGUGGGACGAGGGAAUUCGCUGCAGGGUUUGCUGGGGCGGGUGGGGCUGGGGGGUCAGGCCGAGUGAAGUCGGGGCAGAUGGGAAAAGGUGGGGAAGAGGAAGAGGUGAGCGGAGGGAUGGCUGGAAGCGUUGUGGUGAUGGUGACAAGUGGGGGCAAGAGUGUGGCGUAUGCGUGUGCUUUAGGUGGCUCUAAAGGGAGGAGCAAGCGCGGCACGCCGACGGUGAUCCACAAGGGCAGCGCCGUUAACAGAAUCCGUCAGUUUUACAUGCGCAAGGUCAAGUUCACGCAGCAGACGUUCCACGACAAGCUCACGACGAUUCUCGACGACUUUCCGCGCCUCGAGGAGAUUCAUCCGUUCUAUGGCGACCUCCUUAAUGUCCUCUACGAUAAGGAUCACUACAAGCUCGCGCUCGGACAGGUGAACGUGGCGCGCGGAAUCAUCGACCGCAUCGCCAAGGAGUACGUGCGACUGCUCAAGUAUGGCGACUCGCUGUACCGUUGCAAGCAGCUCAAGCGCGCCGCGCUCGGCCGCAUGUGCACGCUCAUGCGCAAGCAGGGCCCCUCGCUCGCGUACCUCGAGCAGGUGCGGCAGCACAUGUCCCGCCUCCCAUCAAUUGACCCCAACACGCGCACGAUCCUGGUGUGCGGGUAUCCGAACGUGGGCAAGAGCUCGUUCGUGAACAAGGUGACGCGCGCGGAUGUGGAGGUGCAGCCCUACGCCUUCACCACCAAGUCUCUCUUCGUGGGCCACACGGAUUACAAAUACUUGCGCUGGCAGGUGAUCGACACGCCCGGUAUCCUGGACCAUCCGCUAGAGGAGCGCAACACCAUUGAGAUGCUCGCCGUGACGGCCCUGGCGCACCUGAGGGCCGCCGUGCUGUUUGUGGUGGACGCGUCUGGCAGCUGUGGGUAUACUCUGGAGCAGCAGGCAGCGCUGUUCAAUUCCAUCAAGCCCCUCUUCCUGAACAAGCCGCUGCUGGUGGUGUGCAACAAGGUGGACCUGCAGCCGCUUGAGACCCUCUCCGAAGCCGACAGGAAGAUCAUUCAAGACAUGGCGGCUAAAGCCGCCCGCUGCGGCGGCCCCGGCGUCGCUCCUCCUGCUGCUGCUGAGGGAGGGGAGGGGGGGAUGGAGGCGGUGAUGGGAGACGGUGAUGGCACGGGGUGUCUGCUGACCAUGAGCACCAUGACUGAUGUCAAUGUGGCUGCUGUUAAGAAUGCGGCAUGUGAACGACUGCUACAGAUGCGUGUGGAGGCCAAGAUGCGCAGCAAGAGGGUUGAAGACGUGGCGAACCGAAUCCACGUGGCCAUGCCGCGCCCGCGUGACAACAAACCCCGCCCGCCAGUCAUCCCGCAAGCCGUGCUGGACCGGCAGGCCAAGGGCAUCAAGCCAUCCGAAGGCCGCAAGCUGGAGAAGGACUAUCAAGAGGAGAUGGGCGGCGCGGGCGCCUACGUGGCGGACCACACGCGGCCGUACCUGUUGGGCGACGACACGUGGCGGCACGACGUGGUGCCGGAGAUCAUGGACGGGAAGAACAUUGCGGAUUUCGUGGAUGCGGAUAUUCUGGCAAAGUUGGAGGAGCUGGAGCGGGAGGAGUGGGAGAUGGAGCAGCAGGCGGAGGGGGUCGGUGAGGGCGAGUGGGGCGAGGCGAUGGAUGAUGAGGAGGAGGACCUGGCGCCAGAGGAGGCCGAAGCAUUGGCGGCUAUCAG